CGCCGUUUCGCCUCGAACGCAACCUCCUCCGCGCAAGGAUCUCACACCGUGGGCGUGACAGAGACGAUGAUGGGCGUGAAUAUCUUGCGGGCAUUGGCCGUCGUGGCGUCUCUCUUGCCUGCGGUGCUUGCGGGAAGGUGCCGCCCGGAGUACCACUCCCUGGCCGGGACCUGCCUGAAGCUGGUGAUGCCGCAAUCCCUCACCUGGAGGGAGGCCCUGAACCUCUGCCAGGCCGAGGACCCCCCAGCUGACCUCCUCAAGAUCACGCGACCGGAAGUGUUGGAAAGUGUCUCCCGGUUUAUCAACACUCACUUUGCCGGAGAAAGUACUCAAAAGGCGUCCCUUUGGGUUGGUGGCAGCGGUAUCAACAAGGAAUGGAGUUGGGUUGACGGUUCAAAAUUAAGUGUCAAGUCUAAUAUGUGGCACCCAGACGAACCCUCCCAGGGCACGAGGGGCUACACAAAGCUUGUUGUAGCUGGCGACUUACACAACCGCCGGUAUCUCGUAGCAGAUGGCGAUGCAGCAUUAGCCACGGGGUAUAUCUGUGAGCACUGAGGCUGAUCGGAAGAGGCUGAUGCGGCGGCGGUGGACGGGAAAAGGUGGAGCAUGAGAUGAAUUUCGUUUUUUUUGUUUUUGUUUUUUAGUUUUCGUUUUUGAGGGUUUUUGUUGUUGUUUU